AUAAUAAUAAUAAUAAUAUAUUUAAAACGAUAGCUACUCUGGGACUCUAAGCUGAGUCUGGGAGAGGAGUGUUUCCCUUUACAUCUGAUGUGUACCAAUGGGUCUUAGUAAUAAUUGGGACUCUAAGCUGAGUCUGGGAGAGAAAUGCCUCCCCAUUACAUCUGAUGUGUGCCAGUGGUCUUAAUAAUAAUAUCAUAUAUAUUAAUAACUAUAGCUACUCUGGGACUCUAAGCUGAGUCUGGGAGAGAAAUGCUUCCCCUUACAUCUGAUGUGUACCAAUGGGUCUUAAUAAUAAUAAUAAUAAUAAUAAUAAUAAUAAUAAUAAUAAUAAUAUAUGUAUUGUUAACUAUAGCUACUCUGGGACUCUAAGCUGAGCCUGGGAGAGAAGUGCCUCCACAUUAUAUCUGAUGUGUGCCAAUUAUUAUUAUAUUAAUAAUAAUAUUAAUAUACUGUAUAUAUACUGUAUACUGUAUAUUGAUAACGAUAGCUACUCUGGGACCCUAAGCUGAGCCUGGGAGAGAAGUGCCUCCACAUUACAUCUGAGGUGUGCCAAUUAUUAUUAUAUUAUUAAUAAUAUUAAUAUACUGUAUAUAUACUGUAUACUGUAUAUUGAUAACGAUAGCUACUCUGGGACCCUAAGCUGAGCCUGGGAGAGAAGUGCCUCCACAUUAUAUCUGAUGUGUGCCAAUUAUUAUUAUAUUAAUAAUAAUAUUAAUAUACUGUAUAUAUACUGUAUACUGUAUAUUGAUAACGAUAGCUACUCUGGGACCCUAAGCUGAGCCUGGGAGAGAAGUGCCUCCACAUUACAUCUGAGGUGUGCCAAUUAUUAUUAUAUUAAUAAUAAUAUUAAUAUACUGUAUAUAUACUGUAUACUGUAUAUUGAUAACGAUAGCUACUCUGGGACCCUAAGCUGAGCCUGGGAGAGAAGUGCCUCCACAUUACAUCUGAGGUGUGCCAAUUAUUAUUAUAUUAAUAAUAAUAUUAAUAUACUGUAUAUACACUGUAUACUGUAUAUUGAUAACGAUAGCUACUCUGGGACCCUAAGCUGAGCCUGGGAGAGAAGUGCCUCCGCAUUACAUCUGAUGUGUGCCAAUGGGUGUUAGUAAUAAUAUUAAUAUAUAUUAAUAACGAUAGCUACGAAAAUGAGACGACACAAACGGAACUACACGAAACGAGCCGCAAUUCCGAACAAAAGCACAACACUAAUACCUAUAGCAAGGCGCUCAGAUUGGAAACAUGUGCGUGGCCUUAUCCCGGAGGCCGGAGUGUGCCUGUGUGUUGUGUGUUUGCGGGCCGUGUUGCUCUUCCCAUCUGGCGCCAACCUGAGAUGUGGAGCGUGGAGGGGAGGGGAGAGGAAGGGAAUGUGCCCCCUCCUCCCCACUUGCAGACCGUCCGGGCCUUGCUUCUCGUUGCUCAUUGUUCCUUGCAGACGGGAGGCCAAGGUGUGUGCGUUUCCUCCACUUCCCUGACUUUGUUUUUCUUUUCUCUCUGGAUUUUCAAAGCCACGUUUGGAGAGAGAGUUUCCCAAUCGCCAUGCGUUUUGGCCUGUCCCGAGAGGAGGUGGAGUGUCCGGCAUAGUGGCCUGAGUGAUGAUGGAGAUGGCUCUCUGGACCCUGUCCGUCUUCGCCCUCCCGUUGAUGGCCUUCGAGGGAAACCGGCUGCACAAUGGCAUGCCGAACGUUUGUGCCAGUCGAGAGCUUGUAACGGGCAGCCGCCGGCAGCCGCGGAUCCAAGGCUUUGCCCGUUCGGUGAAAGUAUGGAAGCCGGGCUGCGGAGGAGGCCAGCCUUGGUGCGUCGGCUACAAAUGGAGGAUGGUGUAUUAUUUGGACAACCGGCAAAUCCACAGCAUGCAGCACCAGACGGUGUACCGUUGCUGUCCCGGGUGGGCACAACGUGGUGAGAGCGCAGGAUGCCUUUCUCCUGUCUGCAAUGAGGGAAUGUGUUUCAAUGGAGGAAAGUGUGUGGAAGGAUCCUUCCAGGUCUGCCAUUGUUCCUCGGGCUUCCAAGGACCCCGGUGUCAGUAUGACGUGAACGAAUGCGACGCUGGGAAGGCCGGCUGCGAGUCCGAAUGCUGCAACACCAUUGGGAGUUUCUAUUGCAAGUGCCCGGACGGGAAGAAGUUGAAGGACGAUGGGAAAGCCUGUGAAGACGUGGACGAAUGCCAGGUCCACAACGGAGGCUGCCAGCACAGAUGCGUGAAUACUCUCGGAUCCUAUUACUGCGAGUGCAAGCCAGAGUUUCGCUUGCACACCGACGGCAGGACCUGUCUUGCCAUCAACACUUGCGCUAUCAACAAUGGCGGGUGUGAACACGACUGUGUGCAGCUUACUCUGUCCCAACACCAGUGCCGAUGCCGUCCGAACUACCAGCUGAAGGAUGACGGGAAACAUUGCAUUUUGAGGAACCCGUGUGCCGACAGGAAUGGCAGCUGCAUGCACAAGUGCCAGAACCGGCGUGGGUCGGCCCACUGCGAGUGCCACGCUGGAUAUAGAUUGGCGGCUGACGGCAAAGCCUGUGAAGAUGUGAAUGAGUGUGCACUCCGAGUGGCCAUGUGUGCUCAUGGCUGCCUCAACACCCGCGGCUCCUUCAAAUGCACCUGCAACCUGGGAUAUGAACUCGGGGCAGACGGCAAGCAGUGUUACCGAAUAGAAAUGGAAAUUGUGAACAGUUGCGAGACCAACAACGGUGGCUGCUCCCACCUCUGCCAUCACACCAGCGCCGGCCCCUCCUGCAGCUGCAACGUGGGAUACCAGCUGGACGAAGACCAGAAAACUUGCAUCGAUACUGAUGAAUGCACUGCCGGUUCUCACUGCUGCCAGCAAGACUGUUACAACUACCCAGGAGGCUAUGAAUGCCUUUGCUACGCCGGCUACAGACUCAGCACUGAGGGCUGUGGUUGUGAUGAUGUGGAUGAGUGCUCUUCCAGUAAUGGAGGAUGUGAACACUUGUGCCAAAACCUCGUUGGCUCUUUCCACUGCAGUUGUCAGAUUGGCUACAAACUGGAUGAGGACCGGAGGAGCUGCAUUUUACUUGAGGACCCCGUGGAAGCCCUGGAUGGUCGCCGUCCGGUCCUUCGGCCCUUGCCCCACGUGGCCGUUCUGCGGGAUGAUCUCACCCAGCUCUUUGAGGAAGAGUACGACGAAGAGGAGGCGGAAGCAAGGGGAGAGCACACGUUGACGGAGAAAUUUGUCUGCUUGGACGACACCUUCGGCCCCGACUGCAGUCUGACCUGCGAGGAUUGCCAGAACAGAGGGGUCUGCAACGAAGAGCGGUCCGGAUGCAACUGUCCGGACGGCUGGAGCGGAAUCCUUUGCAACGAAACUUGCCCAGACGGCACCUUUGGCCGGAACUGCAGCUCGACCUGUCUCUGCCGAAACGGAGGCACCUGUGACCCAGUGACGGGGGGCUGCCGCUGCCCCCCGGGAGUGAACGGAGAGCGAUGUGAAGACGGUUGCCCCAAAGGUUUCUAUGGGAAGCACUGCAGGAAGAAAUGCAACUGCGCCAACCGGGGACGCUGCCACCGGAUUUACGGAGCAUGCCUUUGUGACCCGGGACUCUACGGGCGAUACUGUCACCUUGCGUGCCCAAAGUGGGCCUAUGGCACCGGCUGCUCCGAGGAAUGCCAGUGCGUGCAACACAACACUCGGGAUUGCGACAAGAAGGACGGCACGUGUCUCUGCAAGCCUGGCUACCAGGGAAGGAAAUGCCAAGCAAGAUGUGAACCAGGAUACUAUGGUGCCAGGUGCAAGAGCAAAUGUGAUUGCCCGGCCGGAGCACCUUGCGAUCAUGUGAACGGAGAAUGCCAGAAGCUCUGUGGCGAAGGCUACCACGGGGAGAACUGCACCGAAGAGUGUCCUGAAGGCAAGUUUGGGUCGAACUGCCUACAGUCCUGUUCCUGUAGUGGUUCGCCUUGCAAUCCGUUCACCGGCCAAUGCCUUUGUGUGGCCGGGAAGACUGGCGUCAAUUGUGGCCAAGAUUGUCCCGAAGGCCGCUGGGGACCAGGCUGCCAGGAUAUUUGCCCGGACUGCAAGAACAACGGUCACUGCGUCCGUACCACCGGCGUGUGCCUCUGCACUCCCGGAUAUACAGGCAACCUUUGCCAGGAUGCGUGUCCUCCUGGCUGGUUCGGACAAGAUUGCCAACUGCGUUGCAACUGUGAGAAUGAAGGGCAUUGUCACCCAGAGAUGGGAAGGUGUAGUUGUGCCCCCGGAUGGACCGGCUAUCAUUGUCAAAGAGCCUGUGAUCCCGGCCACUGGGGUCCCGACUGUGCCAACGCUUGCAAUUGCAGCAACAGCGAUGGGAGCUGCAACGCCUUGACUGGGCAAUGCCUCUGUGAGGCCGGAUACACCGGGUCCCGUUGUGAUCGGAAGUGCCCCGAAGGGUUGUUUGGUCCGAACUGCCAGCACCGGUGCCAAUGUGACAACGGAGCCGCUUGCGACCACGUCAGCGGGGCCUGCACUUGCACUCCGGGUUGGAGAGGGACGUUUUGUGAGCUCGCCUGCCCUGAUGGUUUUUAUGGGAUGGAGUGUCGAGGGAGCUGCCGUUGUCUCAAUGGAGCCCGUUGUGAUCCUGUGAUGGGACACUGCCUUUGUCCUCCUGGCUGGAUCGGCCCAAACUGCAAUCAAACUUGCCAGGCUCACCGCUAUGGGGAGAAUUGCAGCCAGGAAUGCCACUGUUCCAAUGGGGCUCCUUGUGACCACAUCAGUGGGCAGUGCCUCUGUGCGCCUGGAUGGACGGGAGACACCUGUCAGCAAGUGUGUCCGGACGGCUUCUACGGUGCAGGCUGCCAACUCCCAUGCCUCUGUCAGCAUGGCGGGAUGUGUGAUCCGGUCACUGGACUCUGUACAUGCCCAGAGGGAUGGAUUGGAUUGGCCUGUGAGCUGGAGUGUCCCCAAGGAAAAUAUGGGCACGGUUGCCACGAAAGCUGCGGUUGUCUCCAUGGGGGGCUGUGCGACCAAGAGACGGGGCACUGCCGUUGCGGUGCUGGAUGGACCGGAGAGAAGUGCCAAAGCCCUUGCCCAGAGGGAACCCACGGAGGAGAGUGCAAGGAGCGGUGCGACUGUGAGCGUGGGGUCCGGUGCCACCCCGUCACAGGGGCCUGCGACUGCCCACCGGGAUGGAGAGGACAGCGCUGCGAGAAACCCUGCCUGUCAGGGACCUUUGGGAAGGACUGUGUUGCCACUUGCGACUGUCCUCCUGGAACGCCUUGCAACCACAUCACGGGCGAGUGUGGCUGCCCUCCCGGAUUCACCGGUCAUGGAUGCGAACAGACCUGUCUCCCCGGGACCUUUGGGCUCAACUGUGCGCAGAUCUGCCAGUGCGCGGGAGUGAACCACAACUGCCACCCAGUGACCGGGGAGUGCAUCUGCGCGCCAGGCUUCCACGGCAGCAAUUGUCGGCAGAGAUGCCCACUGGGGCGAUACGGCCCAAAUUGUGAGAAGCAGUGCAAGUGUAAGAAUGGAGGGCAGUGCGUGACCACCACAGGAACGUGCCAGUGCCCAGCCGGCUACCUUGGAGCGGACUGCAGUAGUGCUUGCCCAGCUGGACACUACGGGGCUGGCUGUGCGCUGGUGUGUUCCUGCAGCCACAACGCCACCUGCCAUCACGUGACAGGGGUUUGCCUUUGCCCUCCAGGAAGGACUGGCCCCAACUGCGAACGUGGUUGUCCAAGGAAUCGUCAUGGACCGGGAUGUAAGCAGACGUGCGGAUGCCAGAACGGAGGAGUCUGUCUCGCAUCCGACGGCGCCUGCCUCUGCCAACUCGGGUGGACUGGGACAUUUUGUGAACUAGGGUGUCCACUGGGAAGUUACGGGGCCAACUGUCAGCUGAACUGCACUUGCCGAAACAACGCAACCUGUGAUGCGACAACAGGAGCCUGCCAAUGUGGGAAAGGGCACUAUGGGAGUUUGUGCGAACACAGUUGCCCAACAGGCUUCCACGGAGUCGGUUGCCAAGAGCCAUGCGCCUGCCAAAACGGAGCCACGUGUGACCCGGUCACCGGGGAAUGUAUUUGCCCCCCUGGUUUCCAUGGCAACCAGUGCCAAAAAGACUGUGAUGCGGGGACGUAUGGUGAAAAUUGCCAGCGUCGUUGUGACUGCGAAGGGAACGCUCCGUGUGAACCGGCUACCGGACGCUGCCUCUGCCCUCCUGGGAAAACGGGUGCCAAGUGUGACGAAGACUGCCCGCUGAAGAAAUAUGGCCCCGACUGUGCGCUGACCUGUGGGUGUUCCUCGGCCAACGCGUACUGCAACGCCCAGAACGGACGAUGCCUUUGCCUUAACGGCUAUAUCGGGAUGACAUGUCGGGAAGGAGGCCCACCGCAGUUGGUGUCCAGCACGAGGCAAGGGUCGGAACAAAACAAGUGGAGUUCUUUCCCCAAUUUUAAAUAACUAAGUUGUGCCAAUUCCGAAGAGUGUUUACUGGGGUUCCUUCAGGAUGGUCCCUCCAUCAGUCGAUGCAUCACAUCUGCUCCAAAGACAGCUCGAUUUGGUUGUCACCGUGGAAUGAUAGACUUCUCUGUGCCCAUUUUGGCAUCAGACAAUUAUCAAGAGCCUGUGCGACGGAGGCCUUUGUGGGACCAAGAAUCCUGGAACAGACUGUGAAUGAACAUCUCAGGCAAGUAGACGCUCACAUUGGGGCAAACGUGCGGAAACGGAUGGCGGCCCAUUGCUAAUACCGAAUGGCGUCACCUGGUUAUCGAAGAUGCCGCUUUCCAACAGCCCUCCAUGUCCAACGUGCCUAUGUUGCCCCAUGAAAUAGAAUUGUGUGUCUAAUGUGGAUAACCCAAGACGUACUUUUCUCGACGUCUUGGGCUUCUCCCUGCUGUGUCUUUCACAGGUGACUUUUACGAAAAACUGGAACGCUACGAGGUGCCUUAUGCCAAGUGGGAUGUUAUAUUGUGCAUAUCAAACUGUAUGUAUGUGUGUGUGUGUAUAUAUAUCUAUCUAUAUAUCUAUCUGUAUAUAUACACACACUCUUUAUGCAACCCUGUGGCAAGAUUUUGCAAUCUGCAAUGGUAAGUAUGACACAACGGAAACACCAAACCAGAGCAAAAUGAAUGGUGCAACUCCGCUUCUGUCUAAACAAGACAGAAGCAGAGUUGCACCAUUUCCAGAUAGUUUGCAAGGCCCAGAAAUUAUCUGAAGGCUGUUGUUCUGUGUACAUGUAUCUGGGGUGAAUCCCCAUCAGCUCAAUGAGACUAAUAUUAAAGGCAAUUGUCAUAUUGUCCCACUCAGGGCCUUAGAGGGCUAUGUCUUAUCUAUUUAUCUAUCUAUCUUAAUCGAACUACAACUCUCAGUAUGCCAGGUUAACCCCGAGAAACUCCCAUCAGUACUACAAGUUUGUUAUGUUGGGCAGGUUUGCUCUGGAUGCAUCAUUAGUGGGGUGCAGUGUGCUCUCAGGCUAUAGGGUGAACUACAACUCCCACUAUGGUGAGUCAGUCCAAGUCUAUCAUCGGUAGAGGUCACAGUUUCCCUGGUUGUGGGUGAACUACAACUCGGCAUAUCAGGUAUGUGAGCCAGGUUGGAUUCAGAUCCAUCAGUGUUGGGGUUCUGGAUAUAGGUGAACUACAACUCCCCGAAAUCAAGGUGAAUUUUCCCCAAAGAUGUCCAAUAUUUGUUGCUGGUCAUGGAGGUUUUGUGUGUCAAGUUUGGUCCAAUUCCAUCAUUGGUGGAGUUCAGAGUGCUCAUUGAUUGCAGGUGAACUAUAAAUCCCAGUACCUAAAACUCCAAAAUGUCCAGGCAAAAGGGACACAUCACCAAAGAUAAACCAUGGUGGUGAAGGCAGGAGGAUCAUCUAUCAAGCUGGCGAAGAAGACAAUGUGACAACGUAAAAGUCUGACAAUAACCUGCUGAUAAUCCUAUCAACUAAACUGAAUAGAACGGAAUCUAGGUUGUGAAAUCAUUGCUCAUUUAUUUCUUAACUGGGUUGAUUCACAUUAAAUACCUCCGAGUGUUCCUUUGAAUGGAUCUAGCAACUCCAAAGUGCUGACACUGGAGUCCGUGGACGAGGAACGAGCCAAAAAAAUGACAAUAUGGCACUUGCCAGUUGCGGGAACAUGCCAGUGGGAUUGGGAUCGCUUAGUGUUAUUCACAGACCCAUGAGAGACUCGGCUGUGGCAAUUCGGUGGACGAAAGAAUAUAAACAUGUUAAUCAUAUGAUGCAGAUAUGGCACUUGGGGGUUGCGGGAACAUGCCAGUGGGAUUGGGAUUGUUUAGUGCUAUUCACAGACCCACGAGAGACUCAGCUGUGGCAAUUCGGCGAGUCUCGAAGAAACAAUAAAACUACUGGCCAGCUUCCUUUAUGGGACGCACCCGGAGGCAACAUGAUGGCACUGUUUCGCAAUCUGCAGUUGUGCAACGAUAGUGCAAAGAGCAAAAGCCGGGAAAGAGGAGACGGAAAAGGCAUGGCUGCUCUCUCUUCUCAUAGUUUUGUUGUGUGGCAGGAUUUGUUAUAACGGAUGGGAGAUUCCGUUAUGCAACACGACUUCUUGCCCGUGUUGUAGUCCCAUAACAUCGUGUGCCGCGCACAUGGCUCUCUAUAUUGCAAGAUCCCAAUACCCUCAGAGCAAAAUAUUCUUCUAGUCGAGGCCCAUCCGGAUGGUCAGAUGCUAAAUAAAGGUCCUGGUAACCGUCAAGAUGGGUUUAAUCUUGGGGUGCUACUCACUUAGCACCAAUGUCUUCACCUCUUGAGAGAGUAGCUCCGUUCCAACCCCAUUAGUGUCAGGACCCAAGUUUUCAGUCUCCGGUGACUUGCAUCACAUCCCAAAGUGUUCCGGUGUACGAAGGUCCGUUAUACGUCCGUUUCGAUCCGCAACCGCUCCAUGCGCUGCACGUUGCGCUCCACGGUGCUGCGGUUGGUGAUCUCUUGGGCACAGCUUUGGGGAAACCAGCCUUUCUCGCCGUCCCGCAGACGCUCCCCUAAGUACCAGCCUAGGACAAAACAGGCAAGAACGCGAUCUUAUAGUCGGGCUAUUCAGUCCAACCCUAUUCCGCCACAAUCAAAGCCCUCCCGAGAGAUCGCCAUCCAGCCUCUCUUCAACAACCUCCAGAUACAUACGGAUGUUCUCGCAGUGCUACUCACCUUCCUCUCUAGCCAGGACCAAGACGACAUCUGCCUGCUGCAGGGAAAUCUCGUCCGUCUGCUUGGCCAUGAAUGGGCGAGUAAUCUCCACUUGCUUGAGAUCUUGGAAGAAAGAGAAACACAUGUUUCUAAUUGGUUUAUUCAAACACGCAGGCUCCGAAACAGAAGAGCAUCUCCUGCAGAGCCAGACAUCAGCACCGCCUCCGGAGCCGGAAAUGAAAGGAGAAGCCUUUGCCUUUGUGUAUUUGUGUCUCGUUGUAUUUCGCUUUAACAAGGCAUUGAAUGUUAGCCUGUGUUUGUUUAUGUGCUGUAAUCCACUCUGAGUCCCCUUGGAGAGAAGGGCGGAAUAUAAAUAAAGUAUUAUUAUUAUUAUUAAUA